AAAAUUAGUUAACAGCUGCAAGAUACGAUUGAUAAAUCAAAUUGCUUACCUCUACGAGAAGAAUUUGGUGAAUCCCAGUUGAUUAUUGGUAGGAUAUGGAGUAAGUGGCGUCAGCUUCCAAGAUGAGUCUGAAUUUGGGAGGUUGGAUACAUAGUUUCACUGUAACCGACACACAACAACACAAGGGAGGCUACACAAUUUAUAAGAUUACAUCGAUUGUAUUCCCCCGCUCAGUUCCCCAGGCAUUGACCUGUCUGGUCGUAUGGAAGCGAUUUCAUGAGAUCAAGCGACUGCAUAGGGAGCUCAGUCGCCGGCACAAGAGUAUGCAACUGCCUGGAAAACUUCCGGAGCCGACAGACAGCAGUUACUUCAAGCGCUUUGAUGCGGAUGUCAUACAACGACGCAAGGAUUAUAUACUAAAGCUACUUGAUUUCGCCGCUCAGCAUCCGGUGCUGUACAAGUGUAACACAUUCACACAAUUCUUCAGCGAGGCGCAAUCACCAAAUGCAUCGCCACUGCGCAAAUUGUAUGUGGAGAGAUCUCUGAAGCCGCCUGGCAGCGGAGCGAUUGCUGAAAUUUGCGAUAAACUCGAUUUGCCCUACGAUCCACACGAUGCUAAUGGCAUAACACCAUUGGAUCCGCGUUGCGACAAGCCGAGCAUUGAUAGCGAACCACACGAGCAACAUGAGCAGCCUAAUAAAGAUAACAGCACUCUUGAUGCUGAGGAGAAACAGUCGAAACGCGAUUAUACGCGACUUCUAACGCCCAUGGCAUCUGUGGAGAGCGACGAUAGCGAUUACAUUUAUGAGGCGGCCUUGGAAUUCAGUCAUGCCGUGCAGGCGGAGGUUAAUCUGGAGUAUGACGAGGCCCAUAAGCUGUACAAGCGUGGCGUUGAGCUGCUGCUCGUUGGCGCCAAGCAUGAUGCCAAUGAGGAUCGCAAGUUUAUUGCCAAGGCCAAGAUAGCCAAGUAUUUGGCGCGUGCCGAUGAAAUUCAUGCCAAUUUCAUACGCUCCUCCGUCGGCGGCAGUGGUUCCAGAAAGCUGCAGUUUCAGCUAUCGAUCGAUGAGGUGGAUAAUGUCAAGCAGCUGGAAUGUGCUUGGAAUCAGUUGGCCAAGUACAAGGUGCUCAAAGUAUUGGGUCAACGGGUCAUGCAGGUGCAGUGCAUCACACAGCCGCAGUCACAGCCGACGGCCGUCAUGAAGGGCAUCGAGAAACCCGCGAGCAAUUCACCCACACAAAGCAUCUUUCUACCCCAGCGUGUGCCGUAUAUGACUCAACUGUUGGCCUAUUUUCAAUCGGAUCAGAAGAUCUUCCUUCUGCUCAAGCAGGCGGAGGGAGGUCGCCUUUAUGACUACAUACAAAGCUAUACGCCCACGGCGAGUAAAUGCAGCGAUUACGCCGAUCUCUUUCCGGAGGAUCAGCCACUGACGGCAGACAGCGAUGUUAGCGAUUUAUUGCGCAACUCUCAGCAAUUGCUCAAGUCCGUAUCGCAUACGCUGAGCAGCUUGCAAGCGGGUGCACUGACUCCCAGACGACAUGGACGCAAAACAACUGCCAAACGCUUGCCGGAGGCCUGUCUCCGGCAAUGGGCCUGCGAAUUGGCCCUGGCCAUUCACAGUCUGCAUGGCAAAGGCGUUAUAUUGCGUGAUUUGCAUAUGGAAAACAUUUUACUGGGUAACUCUGGUCAAUUAAUGCUCACAUAUUUCUAUCAGAACGAGGGUCUCACCUCCGACGACAACUAUGUACACAAGGCGCUCAGUUUGAUUGCCUUAACGGAUCAUUUUGUGGCCCCGGAGCGACCUCUCAGCUUCCGUUCCGAUUGGUGGAGCUAUGGCGUGGUGCUUUAUCAGCUGCUUCUGGGUGUGUCCUACAAGUCAACACAUCCUGGCCAUCUGGAGCUAUACGGCUGUGUGCAGUAUCCAUCGGAUGCUUUGGAUAUAUCGGAUAAUGCACGUGACUUGUUGGAGCAACUACUUCAACUGACGCCAGAGCUGCGCCUGGAUUAUGAUCAACUGCAGGCUCAUCCGUUUUUCGAAGGCAUCGAUUGGCAGGCGGUUAAGGAUCAGGCUAAUGCGACGCCUUAGGUUUAGAGAAGCUUAAAUCUAGGCUGCUAGCUACUAAUUUAAAUCUAUGGUCUACAAACAAAUACAUCACAUAAUUUGCUAAGGAACAAAAUGUACUAAAUUAUGAGUCUCCAUAUUGUUAUUAUUUGUGUUAUUGUUUUUUGUUUUUUUUUUCUGUUGUUUUCAUUGUGGUACAAAAUAUGUUACUUUAUUCUUUAAUAUUCAUAUGUAUAUUGUUAAUAUGUGUAUUUAUAUGUAUGUACAUUGCAAAUAACUAUAGUAUUGAAUUAAAUCUAAGGAUUUACGUAGAAACGGAGCAGCUAUCGACUCGAAAUGCGAACAACAUAAGUAUUAACAUUUUUUGUAAAGCCAAUGAGCCAAUUAUACAAAUAUAUAAACAUUUUAUUGUCUACUUA